GUUGUGGUGACAUCUGUGAUCUGCAGUACGUGGGUCCGUGGGCGUAUCGCGUCUUCUUCAUCCGCGGUGAACAAUACGGAAAAAAAUAACCAAUUCCUGUCCAAGUUGCGGUGAAGAUAACUUGAUAACUGAAUAGUACCAUGAUGGGCAAAUAUAACCUGCACUUGCGGUCAUCGAAUUCACCCAGAGACCCCGUUAUAACAGCUGCGGUGAAGGGUAUUGAAAACGAUGCUUUUGUGGAACAAGACUCAUGCCAAAACGAGCAAAACGGCCGUUGUCAUGUAUCCAGUCUUCAGAUGACGUCGCUCGAAGGACAUACAACAGAGACGGACGUUGGUGUACUCAAGGCCAGCGAGGGAGGCCAGAAUGCAACAAGUGGACAGCAUGGAGACCAAAAGCGAGCGGAGACACGGCCCAGAAUUUUGACUCAGGUGGCGGCGACGCUGGUGAUGGCGUUCGUCCACAUGGGUAUUGGAGCUGUCUACGGGUACACGGGGGUCACACUGCCCGAACUGACUGACCCCGACACGCAAGACCUAUUACUCAGCCCGUAUGAGGUCGCGUUCUUCGCCAGCCUCUCGGAUCUAGGCGGGGCGUUCGGAUCCGUCUUCGGUGGAGUGCUUUUGCUGAGGCUUGGUCAGCGAACAACCUCGUUACUCGGACUCCCCAUCAACGCCGCCUGCUGGCUCGCCAUGGCCUUCGCACACUCCACGACGCUCCUGCUUUCGAUGUGGUUCGUCCUGGGCUUCGUCACGGGGUUCCUGUCUCCUGCCGCGAGUAUGUACGUCUUGGAAGUCUCCCAUAAGGACAUACGUGGCCUCCUGUUCGGGAUCGUCACAACCGCCCGACGAUUUGGGAUUAUUUUCGUGUUCGGGAUGGGUGGGUUGAGGAUCGGAUGGCGCGCCGUCGGCUUCGCGAGUUCGGCCUUGGUUGCCGUUCCUCUGCUCGGUUCGCUCUUCCUGCCGAACUCCCCGCGAUGGCUGGUCACGCGCGGCCGCUUCGAGGAGGCCAGGGACUCGCUCUCGUUCUUCAGAGGGAAAUCCUACGACAUUUCCUCCGAACUGGCUUCUAUCACCGAGCAAGUGGAGCGCAGUCAAAGGCGCAAGAGUGGCUUCAAAGACCAGGUGCGCAUGAUGAUGGAACCCUCCACCAGAAAAAACAUGGCGCUGAUGGGUUUCUUAUCGCUCCUAACGCCCUUCAGCGGCAUCGUGGUGGUUAUAGGCUAUGCAGUUCCGAUUUUACAGAUAAACAAGGCAGAUAUAGACGCGUACAUGAGUGCUCUCUUGACUAGCGUGGUGUUUGCCGCCGGAACUGUGGUUCAUAUCUGCAUCGUCGACCGCGUAGGCCGAAAACCCCUUCUGGUUGUUUCCUUCCUGCUUUGUACCCUCUGCAUAGCAUCCUUGGGUGGAUACUUCUAUGUCCGGACCACAGAUAUAGACGUCAGUGCAUAUGGCUGGGCCCCCGCCGCCUCCAUGAUCGCCUUCCUCUUCCUCGUGGGCGUCGGGGCGCCAGUCAUCAACAUCCUGCAGGGAGAACUGCUACCGACGUCCGUGCGAGCUACGGGCAUUUCGGUCAUUCUGAUAUUCAUGUACCUGGGCAGUUUCGCGUCGGCGUUCACAUACCCCCUGAUCUCUUCCACUAUGGGUGUGCACGGGGCCUUUUGGAUAUACAGCGGAGUUUGCCUUACCAUAGCAAUCGUUGGCGCCGUCUGCUUACCCGAAACACGCGGCCGUUCUCUCGAGGAGAUUACGAAAACCGCGCCCGCUCAAAGCACCGAAGCGUGAUUUGAGUUCACAAUACUGGGAUUAUUAAAAUUGUGAAAAAAUACUCAUUAUCUGAUUAUCCAAGCGUUAGUUAUUUCAUAUACAUUGUUUAUCAUUACUGAACAUUGAUAUUUUUAUCAUUUUUCCUAACAUACUGUUAAGCAUUGUUAUUAACGCAGUCGUAACCUAUCUAAAUUGAUUAAUCUACCUAAUAUUCAAUAAUUAAGUAGGUUGCUAUGGAUACAUAUAAACGAAAUACACAUACAGACUUCACAAAAGGAAAAACACAUUACAAACAAACCCAUUCAGACCAUUGCAUUUCCUCAUUAUUUAAGCUCUCCCUUGGCUAUC